CGGGAUUCAUUAUGCCCGACCCGGAUUAAAUUUCGCUGCUCAACGCUCACAAAUAUCGAAUGUUGUGAGCACAAUAUUAAAAUUCGAUUGUUGCAUCAACAGAUGUACAUACACAUAAAGGUUUUACAGACCAAUCAAAAGAGUGGUUUUUAUGUCAAACUGUUGGUAGACAAUAGCAAAGAUCGUAUAGCGCUGGCGCUAUACGAUCUUUGGACAGUAGUCUGGUACUAUCAUGUCUCAUUAUCACUGGUUCUUGACGUUCACGCAUGAUACACGUGCCUCUUUGUGUCAUUUGGACAAAUCCCUGUAAACGCCACGCUUGGCUGGGCAGACCAAUGUCGCUCUCAGUUUUCCCAUUAACAGCACGUACAGGGCAUAAUAAGCUAUGAAGACCAAAGAACCGAGCCAGCACAGGGGAGUCGAGUCAAUAGUAAAUUCUGACCCGAUUGGUAAGGACAGUUCUUGAAGGGCUUAUGUUAUGUUCAUUAGAGCUCAGGCAAACGUGCUGUGAACAUGUCUACCGAGUCGGUUUCAGGAGCAUCUCUGCCGAAAUUGACCCACGUACUGUUCUUUGUUUUCUUGUUCAUCUGCAUCGUCUUUGCGUUACCGGGAAGAGUUUUUUGGUCCACCAAACAGCAAAUCUGGGUUCAGGAUGAUGUGGAGAAAGAUACUGUCCUUCGGGGAGGGAUUUCUCCGAAUUCACUGCCCAGCCAACCCCUCCUCGACAGUAAACAGCCACAUCAAGGGUCGUUUGUUGAUUCCAGAAACAGGGAAACUCUCAGCAAACCAAAGCUGACAAAUGCUACCAAGAUCAUUUUUCUCCGUAUACCUAAGACAGGAAGUCGGACCCUCGGAAGUCUUGUCCAAGAACAAGCCAAGAAGAAAGGGUUCGGCUAUAAAAACUUCCUGUCUGACGUGGAAAUACCUAUUCGUCGAGAUUUCAUGAAUCAUCGUCAAGGUCGACACGUGUUUGCAGCACGCAUGAGAUAUAUGGAGUUCCAGUGGCAAGAAUCACCAAGUUACAUCAGCAUGGUCCGUGAUCCCAUUGCUAGAUUCACAUCCAACUUCUACUUUAGUCUGCACGGGGAUGUUGGAAACCACACAGCCAGCUACACUUUACAAAAGCGCAAGGAGAUGAAGAAAAACACAGGGAACAGCACAAUCCCGACUUUGAGUGAGUGUGUUCUUCGAGACAUCCCGUUUUGCACGGAGUAUCAUCGACUGUUCUCCAUUCUGACGUGUUUUUGUGGCGAGGACCCUCGAUGCAAACAGCCAAGCAGUUGGACCUUUGCAAAAGCGGUCAAGCACAUCGACAGCUCCUUGGCCGUUGGCUUGAAUGAAGAAUUCGAAGGUUAUCUCCUGGUUUUAGAGCGAUUUAUGCCUGAGUUCUUUCUGGGAAUCGUUGAGAUUUAUCGUCGACCACAGUCCCCGGGUGCUCUCAUGGUCAGUUACACCAAGACCAAGUUCAAGGAGCCUCUGUCGGCAGAAGCUGAUAGCAAACUUCGCCGCACUCUAGAGAUGGGAUACCGCAUCUACAACUUCACCCGUGACUGCUUCCAUCAGAUCAAAACGCAACUCAGGAUGAUCCAAGAGUCUCAUUAUAUAAACGAGGCUCUUGUUUUCUGCAUCGGUCUUUCCACUGUCUGUAGAGGACGCAAUACAAGCACCCAAAAGACCUGGCACGGGGGAAUUCAUUUUCAUUCGCUUUUUUUAUUCAUUGUUAUCUGUCAAAGAUGGUGCCAGACUAUUUGGGGUUCCAUGCUUCUGUUUCAUUUGAUUUGAAAAUGGUUCAAUAUUAGGAUAUAAUGAAUCACAAAUUAUUAAUCAUUCUUCAUCGGAAAUAAAAUUGAUUUGUAACAAACUUUAUUCAAUUGCUUUCAAUUUUAUUCUUAUAGUGUCCAAAAUAUAACUUAACCUCGCUUUCAUUUCAGUUUAGCCAACUUGUGAAUACUGCAAAUUUGCAAAUCUUUGUUAUGACUUGCUUAUGGUUUUCUGUUCGCUAAACUACUCCUGUGAUGUCCCUCUAAAUAAAAAAAUCUACACUUCCCUGAAGAAUCUGCAGUAAAUUGUAGAUUAUUUAAUGAUUUAACUUUUGUAUGUUUACAUAGACCCAACACGUGAAGUGACAAUUUUUUGCUGUUCCAAUGUAUAGUCCUACUGAAGCUUUAACACGAUCGGCAUAUCUCCGUAACAUUGCUUUUUGAAAGUAAGUCCGUGAAAAAUUACUCCGUUGAAUAGUAUUUAAGUGAGAAGUAUUUUCACCAUGAACAUUUUUAUCAUCGUCUUUUUUUUCAUACGGACUGUUCUCUGUGGGAUUUAUUUUGCAUUCUAAAGUGCUUUUUUUUUCUCAACAUUUUCCACGUGAUUUCAACUUUCAUUUUAUUAAAUGGUUUCAAACACUUCAUAUUUUCUUGAUUGGUUCUCCGUUUUCAAUUCUUUUAAGUUUUAUCUACAUCUGCUAUUCAUAUCUUAUUUCUAAAUAUUUUGUUUUCUGCAUCUUGUAUUUUCAAAUUUACUUCAACAAUUUUAACUGAAUUCAACUUUUUCCCUCGAUUUUUUGCUCAUUCAAAUCUAAUUUGAUUCAUGAAUUUCAAACAUUUUAAACUAAAGGCAAUUCACUGGUGAUUUUCAGAAUGGAAUAUAAUAGCUGAAGUAACUGAACUGAAUGUAAGAAACAUUCUGCCCUGUGCUCAUGUGGAAUUCCAAUGUUGCUAUUUCCUUUUGCAAAAUCAAAAUUACUGACAAAAUCGAAAAUGACUGACAAUGUGUUUUAAACACGCAAAAGGACUGUUUUCAACACGUUUCCAAGAAAUGAAGGGUGCGACAUUUUUGACCCAAAUUUAAGAAUUUU